AUGGGGACGGCUCCAUCGAAGAUAAUUGAGGAUUUACUAGAGGACACUAACUUUGAACGAGAUGAGAUAGAGCGGCUCAGAAAGCGAUUUAUGAAGCUUGACAGAGACAGUUCUGGAUCUAUUGAUAAGAAAGAGUUCAUGUCAAUCCCAGGCGUUUCGUCAAAUCCCUUGGCUGGUCGCAUUAUGGAAGUUUUUGAUGAGGAUAAUAGUGGAGAUGUUGACUUUCAAGAAUUCAUCACGGGCCUUUCAAUCUUUAGUGGCAGGGGUAGCAAAGAUGGCAAGCUCGAAUUCGCCUUUAAGAUUUAUGAUAUAGACAAGGACGGAUACAUCUCAAACGGGGAGCUUUUCAUAGUACUGAAAAUUAUGGUUGGUAAUAACUUGGGAGACGAACAGCUGCAACAGAUCGUGGAUAGAACUAUUUCUGAAAACGACUCUGACGGUGACGGUAAAUUGAGCUUCGCUGAGUUUAAAAAUGCUGUGGAGACCACAGAAGUGGCAAACUCUUUGACGUUGCAAUAUGAUAUAUGA